AUGCUCCCGUGGUGUGACUCCAGCAGCUCGCGCGCCUGCACCAGCUUGAGGGGUCGGUGGACUUUGUACGCCGUGGAGCGGGCCGAUGGAGCCGGCGCCAGGCUGCAGGAUGCUAUCUUAUGGAUGGCCAUCGCCGCCAACCUCAACAUGAGCUUCGGUGGCCUGAUCUCGACGAAAAUUUGCAACCAGUCGCACGGGACGGACGUCUUCGUUGCCGCGGCUGGGGUGCUUGGGAUCAGCGUGCCAGGGGACCUGUUCGUGGAGGACCCUCCGCCUUUCGACCUUGACUACAGAGGGCUGAAAGAUUUUCGCAACGCGUUAGUGAGAGACCGUGCUGUGCCCGACGGGGCCCACGUUGUAGUUCGGGACAGGAGCGUCGUGGCCUCCCUGCCUGCAGCUGGCUUUCGCAUGUCAGACCUUCUCACGCCGCGAUUCUUGCAGUCGCUGCGCGAUUCGACCGCUCUGUUCGACGACUGGAUGCUCCCCGCCUGGAUGCCGGAUCAGAAGCUUCCCUUGGUGGCGGUGCAUCUGCGGCGCGGCGACGUUGUGGCCGCCAACGACUCCUACGGGGAGGGCCAUAGGAUGACCCCCGACGCCUGGUACUACGAGGUGGUACGGCGAAUCCGCACCGUGCUGCCAGACGCAGACGUGCACGUCUUCAGCUCCACCGAGGGCAAUUACGCCUCCCAGGAUUUCGACGGCUACAGACUGAGGCACAUGACUGUGCACCUCGACGGGAACAUCCUGGACUCCUGGGUUGCCAUGGCCCGGGCGAGGGUCCUCGUCAUGGCCAAGAGCAGCUUCUCGCAAGUGCCAGCGUUCCUGAACCCGCACUGCGUCAUCUACCAGCCCUACUGGAACAUGCCCCUCGAGGGGUGGAUCGUGGCGGCCCGCGAGGGGGGCGAGAACGCAGCCGGGCCCGCCCCGUUUGAAACCGACGAGCUGAAGGACUGCCUCGACCGCGACCGCACCCCCCAGGCCCGCGUCUGA